AUGCUAGAUCGUUGUUACCAAGAUGCCAACAUGUUCGCUAUCAUGAAGGCGAGAAAAGUAGUGGAUGGAAGAGCUACCGAGAAGAAAAGGACGAAUGAAAAGGAAGACAAGAAGGGGGACGACAAGAGAGCGAGGUCAGAGAGGGAUUCAAGUCCCGAGUAUACCCCACUCAAUACCACCAAGACUAAAAUCUUGAUGGAAGUAUCGGAUCGAGGGCUACUGCAACGGCCUUGGUCAAUGUUUUCAAAAUCGGAGGAUCAGAAUCCAAAAAAAUUUUACAAGUUCCACCGAGAGAUAGGCCAUGACACGGAGGACUGCAGACAGCUAAAGAGGAAAAUAGAAGACGUGAUCCAAAAAGGCCACCUAAGGCAUUACGUGAAGGAGGCGAGAGAUAACCCUCGAGGCCGAGAAACCACAAGGAAUGACUGGCGAAGAGAUGAUAAAGCCCGAAGAGGGGGAGAUAGGGAUCGCCCAAGCGAUCAGAGAAACAAUCAUCGGGAAGUCAGGAGAAACCAGGACGAGACCAACACAUCCACAGCCCCAUCUAUCCUCACCAUCCUAGGAGGACCAGGGCAAGAGUCAACUCGCCAAGCUAAGGCGAAAGCCAGAUUUGUGGCAGUACCAAAAAUCUUCGAAAAGAAAGCGCGCAUGGAGCCCGAUAUCACUUUCUCAGACCGAGACAUGGAGGGGCUGAGCUGGUGGCACGACGAUGCUGUCGUGGUUCAGGCAGUUAUAGCCAAUCGACCCUUCCAUCGGGUCUUAGUCGACACAGGGGCAUCCGUAGAUAUGCUAUCUUACGAUGCAUAUCUACAAUUUGGGUUCAAGGACGGUACGCUGAAGCCUGAGUCCGCACCCUUAUACGGAUUCUCGGGAACACCAGUGCCAAUUGAAGGGUCAGUAGAGCUCCUGAUGACAGUGGGAACCACCCCAUACCAAAAAAUCAUGAAGGUCAACUUCAUGGUCGUUCGGGCAACAACAGCCUAA